GUCGCUGUUUUGCAACGUCGUCAGAGGAAGCCAGCAAGGUCAAAAAUCCAACAUGGCGGCACAUUGUGUGUUGCGGUCCGUUUGGGGCUCAUUUAAGGCAUUAAAUUGUUCUGUAAGUGGACAUUUAAGUGCGUGGCAAAGGAUAAAAGCGCCACAGUUGUCGCAUUCGGUUAAUCAAAAAAGAGGAAUCAGGCAAGUCGUUGAAACGCAAGAGGAUAAAACGGUGACUAUUGAAGGGAAAAUACUGGACAUUGCACCCGCCCCGCAACCUCCAAACCCAAGCGCCAAGUGUCCAAUCUAUAGAUGGAAUCUGCAGAACAAAUACAACUACACAGAUGUGUUGCUGCUCAGUCAGUUUAUCAGGUCAGAUGGUGGAAUGCUGCCCAAAAGAAUCACUGGUCUUUGUCCUGAAGAGCAUCGCAAAGUUGCCGUGUGUGUAAAGAUGGCUCACAGAGCAGGUUUGCUUCCCGACCACAAACCAAAACUUCCAGAGGGCCACAUCUUAAAGCGGGACAAGCCACAACUCAACAGAUACCUGACUCGCUGGUCCAUCAAAUCUGUCAAGCCCAUCUAUAAACGCGGGCUUAAAUGGUGCAAGAAACGCAUGCCUAUAGGAAGUCCUCUGCUCAAGGACAACAUACGAUACGGCCCGAAGCCACUUUACCUUAAUCAUUGAAGAACAUCGGAAGUGCAGGUUUGAAUCAGGGUGUGGAAGCUGCAAGAACAUUUGAAAACAAGAGUGAAAAUAACCCCGUUAUGUAUCUUAUCUUACAUUCCUGCACAAAGCAAUCAAAAUUCUUAGUUAUGUCGAGUAUAAUUUAAUAAUCUGCGUUGUGAUGGAAAUCUAAUCAAUAUUUACAUCUAUGGUUUAAUGGUCUAAGUAUUGAGCCUUGUGGAACACUCGUAGUUUUCUAACAAGGCGUUUUCACCAAAUAUGUAGUGUGUGUAGCAAGCUUUGUGUAUCAUCACAAGUUUGCUGAAAUAAAUGUAAAAUAGUCAAAAUAACAUAAAUUUGGCUCCACCCCUGAUUAGAAAUCUGACCAAUGCUUAUGGCCAACAUACAAAAAUAUUUAUAAUACCUUUUUUUGUGAAAACGUGUGAUACUUAGUCCAUCUACGUUGCGUUUUUCGUUUAGUGGUGAAAUAGAGUAAAGUACUGUGAGUGAGCAAAUAAAAUCUGCUUUGUUAACUGUCA